UGCCGGCGUGCUGCUCACCGGAUGCUAGCCUCCGACCUCCGCCCCUGCUACUCCUCGCCGGCGGCUUGAUCUCACCUCUCGCAUUGAUCAAGCAAUUCUACAUCCUCAAAUCGUUAGGUCCUUGACCCACUUCUAGUUUUGUUGAUUGGAAGCAAGAAAGGCACUUCUAGUUUUCUUUGAAGACACAUCUUUAUCGAAAAAAUGAAGGAAGAAGAAGUAAAUAGAUGUCAAAUUCAAGAAUGGUAUCCAAGAUUCAAAUCUGCAUCCAUAAAAACCGUGAUUCACGAGCUUCCCGAAUCAUUCAUCGAGUAUCUUCUCGAUGAUUCAGGCCCCUUCCUUCUCCCACUUUCCAUCUCCAAUGAUGAUGCAUUGCCCAACAGAAUCCAUAAACCCGAAGAAGAAGAAGAUUAUGUUAUAUCAGAAGAACCAUCAGAUGAUGAUUCAGAACAAACUUCACCGCCUCCUUCUUUCCCGGAACUCGAAUCCCAAAUCAACCAAUCAAUCGAAACCCUCGGUGGUGCCAUCUUCCCGAAGCUCAACUGGAGCUCCCCUAAAGACUCCGCUUGGAUAAGCCCAAACGGGAGCCUCAAAUGCACAUCUUUUAGUGAAAUCACACUCUUGCUUAAAUCUUCCGACUCACUCGUCCACGAUCUAUGUCACGCUUAUGAUUCAUGCAGCGACUGCAGUAUCCGGCGACCCACUCGUUUUUUCCUCGCUCUUCGAAAAUGGUACCCGUCUCUCCACCCCGAAAUGGAAUUCCGUUGCUUCAUACACAACCGCAUCCUAGUUGGAAUUUCCCAGCGGGAAGUCACUGGAUUUUACCCUAUUUUGACCGAGCAGAAGCACGAGCUGGAACCCGUGAUCAAAAUCUUCUAUACGGGCGAGGUGAGUACAAGAUUCGAGUCGGAAAGUUACGCGUUUGACGUUUACGUGAAAAGAAAUGGAGAUGUGAAGCUUCUUGAUUUCAAUCCAUGGUGUGAAUUUACAUUGCCAUUGUUGUUUACAUGGGAAGAACUGGAAUCUGAGCAGUUGAGUAGAGAAAUGGAGUUCAGAAUUGUGGAGAGUCAAUGUGGAGUAAGGCCAGGUUUGAAAACUGCAGUUCCUUAUGAUUAUUUGGAUACAAGUGAAGGAAGUGGUUGGGAUCAGUUCCUGAGAAAUGCCGAUGAGGAGUUGCGGCGGCAGACGAGGUCGGCCGGUGGCUAACGACCGUUGUUGUUGUCGUCCUUCUGCUUGCUUCAAAGUAAGGUUCGUUUUGUUGUUAGUUGUCGGUAAUUAUGAUUCUAGACUCGACUUUUAAUUGCUUUAUGAUAUAGGCGAGAUAGAGGAAUGGUAUCGCUAUAUUUUAUCGUUAAACCUUGCUUUCGAAUGAGAUAUAUUGAAUGGCAUUAUUGUAAUUUGCCAUGUUC